AUUUACAAUUUAUUUGUCACUUUUGCAUGAAUAAGUGCGCUCAUAUUCAGAAUUUCGGAGAUAUACUUAAAAAAAAAUGACCAAGCAAAGGUUUUUCAUUUUAUUUCUGAUUGAAUUCAUUAUUUUUACGAGUUUCAUUGCAAGAAUCAAUGGAGGAAUUGUCAGCUCUACAUUGAAUCGUAAUUUAACAUAUACAGCUGCAGUGGUUGAAUUCAAAGAAGUGUCGUUAUUUACCUACACUCGGAACAAUGUCGUUUAUGCUACAGAGCAGUUUGUCGCCAUUAUUCAAUCAGCCGAAUUGAAUGGCGUUGAUAUUGUCGUGUUCCCAGAAACAAUUUUGAAUCGUCAAGGACAAGCGGACAUUCUGCCGAAUACAAACAAAUCAUACUGCGACGAACCAAAAUCUGGUUAUAUACUCAGAAGUAUUGCGUGUGCCGCUCGAAAAGCAAAAAAAUAUGUUGUUAUCAAUGCGUUUGCAAAAAUAAAGUGUUCUUUAGAUGACCAACCAUGCAGUGACUCUAAUGAAAAUUCCACAAAUCUUUAUACAAUGGCAAUUGUCUUUGAUCGAAAUGGAUGCGCCGUCGCUAAAUAUCGAAAAUACAAUUUAUUUGGUGAUGAUGGUGCAAGACGUACUGAAAAACCUGACAUAGUCACAUUCAAAACAGAUUUUAAUGUAACAUUUGGAAUUGGUAUUUGUUUUGAUCUUGCGUUUGACGAACCUAUGAUAAGUUUAGUGAGACAGGGUAUCAAACAUUUCGUUUAUCCAACAAGGUGGAUUUCAAAAAUGCCUUAUUUUACUGCCGCACAAUUUCAACAAAGUUGGGCAUAUGCGAAUGAUGUUAACUUGCUCGCCGCAAAUGUAAAUUCACCCGAAUGGAGUGUUACUGGUAGUGGCAUUUACAGUGGACGUUCAGGUGCUCUGAAAGUUUUUGUUAGUGAAGCACCAACAACGAAAGUCCUCAUUGCCAAAGUUCCAGUCAACAUGCCGGCAGAUUAUAGAACUUUAUCAAUUGUGAAUCAACAAAAUUCCGAAUCACACAGCCAACUUGAUUUGAAGGAAGAAGACUUGAGCGAAUUUACAAUGGAAUUUUUAAAUCUAACCGAAAAUCAUAGCCCAUCGGGAGCAGUUUGCACCAAAGAUAUUUGCUGUAAUUAUACAGUCGAAGCCAGCGAUAAUGGUGAGCAGAGUGAAAAAUCAUCAUAUUCAUAUGCAAUAUCAGUAUUCAGUGGGCAUCGGCGCUAUGAGCAUGUUGAACAUUUACUGAUUGGUCAAGAUGUAUGCAGUUUGAUUGCUUGCGCCGAUAUGAAUGAUAAACUUUCUUGUGGCGUACGGUUUCCAAAGUCACAAGUUCAUCAUCGAUAUAAAUUUACAAAAUUGAAUUUGCAAACGACGUUCCCAAUGACAAAACGUAUGAAAAUUAUGCCAAAUACAUUGACACAGGAAUUGCUACCACUCAAUAUAAACGAAUUCGAUUUUAAAUUAUCUGAAGUGAGGGGAGCAAAACAGUAUAAGGUUGCUUUAAAUUUGAAGAAACCAAAGGAAAAUCUUCUUACAUUUGCCGUUAUAUCAAGAGACUUUGACAGAGAUGAAAUCACCAAAAGCCCGACUAAAAUUAGAUCACUGAAAGAUCGGAUCGUUGUUUAAAACAAAAAAAAAACUACUAUGGAGUCAUAAUUACUUUGGGCAUCAUUUAAACUGUCAUUUUCCAUAUAUUUGUUUCAGUAAUUGAGGCAUAUAUUGUAAAUCUAUAGUUUUAAUGUCAAAGAAUAAAUUUCCUAUCUGAAAUA